GGUCCACAAUUCCUUCCUUUAAAAAAAAAGAAAGAAGAAACAUUUACAAUGCCUUAUCAUUAGUAGGAAGCAGUGACUGGAUUUAAAAGCCAGCGUCAUCCCUGCUGCAAAAGCUGCUGUUUACCCGCUGAAAAGCAUUUGGGGAAAAAGCAGCGGAUCCCGAUGGCAUGGACACUUAUGCAAGGUCCGCCGCGCUGCCGUGCUACUGCUGGAGCCUACUCGCUUUCUCCUCCUUCAACCCAGGUCCACCGCCAUCGCCCCGCAGCCCAGAGUGCCCUGCCGCAACGCGACCAGCCCCCACCGAGCCAAAGCAGGCGGCAUGAGGCUUGAUCCGGUGCAUCUAUCUAUGCUGCUCAUCGGGGUCUCAUUCGCCUGCUACUCCCCGAGUCUGAAUUCCCUGCAGGACCAAGCCUACAGGUCCGCCGUGGUGAUCGAAGGCAAGGUGCAGUCCACGCCUGCGGGGAACGCGUCCGUGGAGCCGUACCGUGUGAGUGUCAAAGUGCUGGAGGUCUGGCCCCUGAACAGCGGCGGUCUGGAGCGGGAGCAGCUCGUCACCGUGGGGGUGUUCGGAUCCGAGGCUCCGUGCGUCAAAGUGAAAAAGAACCACAAGUAUAUCUUUUUCAUGGACCCCACGGACGAGCCCUUGGUUUUUAAGGCAUCGUUCGCGCCCGUUGACACGAGUGGGAAGAACCUGAAGAAGGAUGUUGGGAGGAUCUUGUGUGAGAACUGCGCUGCUGCUCCAAAGUUAAAACCAAUCAAGAAUCCCAUCGUCGUUGGUGAGGGAAGCAAGCUUACGGUGAAGUGUGAGGCCACAGGAAAGCCUGUCCCAAUCUACAGAUGGUUUAAAGAUGGCAAUGAGCUGACGAGUAGUCGAAAAGUCAAGAUCAAGUCCAACUUGAAAUCCUCCAAAGUCCAAAUCAACAGAGCGAAACUGGAGGAUUCUGGGAAUUACACGUGUGUGGUGGAGAACUCGCUGGGGAAGGACAACUCCACUGGCACCGUCAACGUACAAAGCAGCGUGGAUUGUACAAUGAGCAACUUCUCUUGCAGCACCACUACAGAAAGGACAAAAGGAACAGUAACCACAACGCUAUCUCCAGGCUCAGGCCAUGCCAGAAGAUGCAAUGACACAGAGAAGACCUUCUGUGUGAAUGGCGGCGACUGUUACUUCAUCCCUGGUAUAAAUAAGAUUUCCUGCAAGUGUCCAAAUGACUUUACUGGUGAUCGCUGUCAAACCUACGUUAUGGCCAGUUUCUACCAGCAUCUUGGGAUUGAAUUUAUGGAGGCAGAAGAACUCUACCAGAAAAGAGUCCUGACAAUCACGGGUAUUUGUGUGGCUCUGUUGGUGGUGGGCAUCCUGUGUGUGGUCGCCUACUGUAAAACCAAGAAACAAAGAAAGAAGAUGCACAAUCAUAUGCGACAGAACAUGUGUCCUGAACAUCCCAAUCGUAACCUUGCUAAUGGACCUAAUCACCCAGGACCCGGCCCGGAGGAAAUCCCCAUGGUGGAUUACAUAUCAAAGAAUGUCCCUGCAACCGAGCGAGUCAUACGGCCCUCGACAGAGCGAUCAUUCCCAGCCAGUCACACUUCUUCCAGAUCUCACAACUCUUCCACACGAGCCCACUCAUCAACUCAGAGACAUGAGGAACGGACAUGGAGCCUGGAACGUUCGGAAAGUUUCCUCUCCGACUCGCCGGGAAUGAUGUCAUCGUCCGUGGGGACCAGUAAAUGCAGCAGUCCUGCGUGCAUGGAGGCGCGGGCGCGGCGAGCUGCUCACUGUGGUUACUCUGAUCCCCAUCGGCCGGGGCUGCAGUACGGGGACUCGUUCGACUCGCUGGGAGACUCUCCGCACAGCGACAGGUACGUGUCGGCCCUGACAACACCAGCCCGCCUGUCCCCGGUGGAUUUCCAUUACUCGUUGCCCCCCCAGGUGCCUACCUUCCAGAUAACAUCCCCCAAUGCCAGCCACGCCAUGUCGCUUCCUCCUGCUGUCCACAACCCCUAUCCUCCAGAGGAUGACCAGCCGCUGCUGCGCCGCUACCAGGUGCCCCUACAUGACGCCCAGUGCCAGGAGCCCUACCGGCAGCAGCGCCGCACCUACCUAAAGAACAGCAGGGGCAGCCUGCCCUCCAGCCCCUACCGGCUGGCCGAGGAAGAAGACUAUGAGACCACCCAGGAGUACCUCUCCUCUCGGGAGCAACCAAAGACAAGUGGGUCCAGUGAAACCGGUAGCCGGCGCUGGAAGAGAUCCAGACUGAACGGCCACGUGGCCCCGCGUGGAUACGAGGCAUCUCGGGACUAUGGAUCUCGAAGCUGCCUAACAGAAAGCGAGUCAGAGGAGGACGGUGAGAGCACUCCCUUUCUCAGUAUGCAGAACAUGAACGCCGAGCCCUCUACCAUCUACAGGCCGGUGGACAGUCGGACUUCUCACUCGUCAGGGUGGCACAGCGGGCGUGGCAACAUGCAUACAAGACUCACACAGUCGCACUCCAAACCGGACAGUACGCCCCAUUAAAGAGUGACGAUGAACCAACAAAAAUCAAUAUAGUAUAGACCUGCAUCUAUAAGAAAUAUUUUUAUUUUAUAUAACUGACAGAUAUUCUAAACAAAUGAAAUAUUUAUUUUCAUUUUAGCAAAAGUUGUCUACUAGUUAACAGCAAAGAAUUUUUUAUAGGGAAAACUCUAUUUAUAUGUACAUUUUGAUUUACAGCAUAAAAAAAAAAAGAUGUGCCAGUUUUUUCACAACGUAAAAAAAAAAAAAAAAAAAAAAAUAGAGUAAUAUUGUGGUGCCUUUUGCUGUUUGCCGAUGCCAGAGGGCCAGUGGAGGUUUUUGUAGCCUUUCUUAUAUGGACGCCUCAUUUUUUAUACACAUUUAUGUUCUUUUGUUCUGUCUGAUUUAUUUUUAUUUUUUUUUUCCUGUCUCACUUUCUUUCCAAAAAAAAAAAAAGGCAUUCUUUGAGAAGUCUGUCCCCACUGGAGCAUAACCCCUUCCAUGUCACGCAAUAUAAACCACUUCAACAUAAA